AUGUGGAGACUGAAGAUAGGAGAAGGAAACGGAGAUGAUCCGUACUUAUUCAGUACUAACAACUUCGCCGGAAGACAAACAUGGGAGUUUGAUCCUGACGGUGGCUCGUCGGAGGAACGACAAGCCGUCGUUGAAACUCGCCGAAGUUUCUACGAUGACCGUUUUCGGGUUAAAGCUAGUAGCGAUCUCUUGUGGCGCAUGCAGUUUCUGAAAGAGAAAAAGUUUGAGCAAGUGAUACCUCCGGUGAAAGUUGAAGGCUCCGAGAAGAUAACCUUCGAAACGGCGACGAAUGCAUUACGGCGAGGCGUCCAUUUCUUCUCGGCGUUGCAAGCCAGCGACGGUCACUGGCCGGCCGAAAACGCCGGCCCUUUGUUUUUCCUUCCGCCACUGGUGUUCUGUCUUUACAUCACUGGACAUCUUGAUGAGAUUUUCACUUCGGAACAUCGAAAAGAGAUUCUCCGGUACAUCUACUGUCACCAGAAGGAAGAUGGUGGGUGGGGAUUUCACAUUGAAGGUCAUAGCACAAUGUUCUGCACCGCUUUGAAUUACAUAUGCAUGCGUAUACUUGGAGAAAGUCCUGAUGGAGGCCAUGAAAAUGCGUGUACACGAGCCCGGAAAUGGAUUCAUGUCCAUGGUGGUGUCACCUACAUACCUUCUUGGGGUAAAACUUGGCUUUCGAUACUUGGUGUAUUUGACUGGUCUGGAAGCAACCCAAUGCCUCCUGAGUUCUGGAUCCUACCUUCUUUCUUUCCUGUGCAUCCAGCAAAAAUGUGGUGCUACUGCCGGAUGGUUUACUUGCCAAUGUCGUAUCUCUAUGGGAAGCAGUUUGUUGGCCCGAUAACGCCUCUGAUUCUGCAACUGCGCAAAGAACUAUACUUACAACCUUAUAAAGAAAUCAAUUGGAAGAAAAUCCACCAUCUUUGUGCAAAGGAAGAUACAUACUAUCCCCGUCCCCUAGUUCAAGAGUUGAUAUGGGACAGUCUUUACAUCUUCACGGAGCCUUUCCUUACACGUUGGCCAUUAAACAAGCUUCUUAGGCAAAAGGCUCUUCAGGUGGCAAUGAAACACAUACAUUAUGAAGAUGAAAAUAGCCGUUAUAUCACCAUUGGGUGUGUUCAAAAGGUACUAUGCAUGUUGGCUUGUUGGGUUGAAGACCCGAAUGGAGAUUAUUUCAAGAAGCACCUCGCUAGAAUCUCCGAUUACUUAUGGGUGGCCGAAGAUGGUAUGAAAAUGCAGAGCUUUGGAAGUCAACUAUGGGAUACAGGGUUUGCGAUGCAAGCUUUACUUGCAAGUAAUCUCUCCAGUGAAAUCUCUGAUGUACUCAGGAGGGGACAUGAGUUCAUAAAGAAUUCACAGGUUAGAGAGAACCCUUCAGGUGAUUUCAGAAGCAUGUACCGUCAUAUAUCUAAAGGAGCAUGGACUUUCUCAGACCGAGAUCACGGAUGGCAAGUUUCAGACUGCACAGCUCAUGGCUUAAAGUGCUGCCUGCUGCUCUCGAUGAUGGCACCGGAUAUUGUUGGCCCCAAAACAGACCCAGAGAGACUAUAUGAUUCUGUUAAUCUCCUGCUCACUUUACAGAGCAAAAACGGAGGUGUGACUGCCUGGGAACCCGCUGGUGCUCCCCAGUGGUUGGAAUUGCUCAAUCCCACAGAAAUGUUCUCCGACAUUGUGAUUGAGCAUGAAUACACUGAAUGCACGUCGUCUGCAAUCCAAGCAUUGAGUUUGUUCAAGCAACUCUUCCCAGACCACAGGAAAACAGAGAUCACCAAUUUCAUCAAGAAAGCCGUGCAAUACCUAGAAAACAUGCAAACGCCUGAUGGUUCAUGGUAUGGUAACUGGGGUAUUUGCUUCACGUACGGUACAUGGUUUGCUCUUGCAGGCUUAGCAGCUGCUGGUAAAACCUACAAUAACUGUGUGGCUAUACGCAAAGGCGUUCAUUUCCUUCUUGCAGCUCAGAAAGACAACGGAGGCUGGGGAGAAAACUACCACUCAUGCUCUGAAAAGAGAUACAUAGCAGAAGAAGCGGCUAUAGCAAACGUGGUGCAAACUGCUUGGGCUUUAAUGGGUCUCAUUCACACCGGGCAGGCCGAGAGAGAUCCGAUCCCUCUUCACCGUGCUGCGAAACUUAUCAUCAAUUCACAACUGGAGACUGGAGAUUUUCCUCAACAGCAAGCAACAGGAGUGUUUAUGAAGAACUGCACAUUACACUAUGCUGCAUAUAGAAACAUUCAUCCGUUAUGGGCACUUGCAGAAUAUCGCGCACGAGUUUCAUUAACAUGA